AUGGCAUCGGCACCUUUUCACCAGUCGGUGCCAGUUCCUCCACCAUCGGCCCAUCCGCUAUCAACUUUGGACUGGGGCGCAGCGGUACAUGGAUCAUCAGCUUUCCUACAAGCCACAAACCACGAACAUCAAUUAACUUCCGGAGACGGUGCCGGGGCGCCCGCGCCACAACCGUUCCAAGCUGAUGCCUGGCAUUGCGCGCCUCAACCGGUAUACGCAACAUCCUACCCUGGAAGCGCUGGCUCCGGCGCACAUGGGCAUAUAAACCAGCACGCAUGGGGUCACACACAAUCCUACAUCGGGGCCCCGGCCCCGGAUUACCCUCCUCAAUAUCCGGCAUGGCAGCACACAGGAUACGGUCAGCUGCAUCCUCCUCACGAAGCCCACGCGAAUUACUACCAGCAACACUACCAGCAGAACCAGUACUUGCAUCCGUCGCAAUAUGCCUGGCAAAGCUACCACUGCCACAGCGCCAUAUUGAAGUACCCGGCGGCGCCUGCAGACGGUGCCAACACCAGCGACGGCGGGAAUGGUGAUGGCACAUGGAAGGGCUGGGCGUCGUACAGCGGAGCACGGCCGGAAGAUUCCUCUCCGUCUACGGCGGAACCUCCUUUCCCGACCACACAGUCGGCAGGGACUGCACUGCACCAACACCACGCAUCGAAACAGCACCACCACCAACAGCAGCAGCAGGAUGGUCAGCAAGAGCAGCAUUAUUUGCAGGAUCAUGAAAAGGGGCAUCCUCGGCAUCAUUACCAUCAUCCGCAGGAAGAGCAGCAGCCGCAACGACAACAACAUCAACAACAAAAGCAGCAAAAGCAACAGGAGGAUCAUCCGCAGCGAGGCACAGGGGGAUUCUCACCCGCCGCAGCAGUGGCAGCGUCGGGAGGCAACACUUGCGCAGCGACCGGAUCAGCUAACGAUUUAUACGACCCCAUGGUUGACGUAGAAGCAGUGGCAGAGCCGGUGGCCGCCACAACCGCCGCCGCCGUCAAAUUGACAGGGCCGGCGGCGCAGGAACCAGCGGCAGGUACCAGCAGCCGCCAGGCGACGGCAGCUAACGGCCCCAUCCCCCAACCCGGGGGGAGGGAGGGUGACGUCCGGGGUCUACAUGACGGAGCCAUAGCGGAGGCAACGUUGGGGCCGGCGGCGCCGGCGGCGGGCGUCGACCUAAUUGUGGUGUGGGACCUGGAUGAGACGCUGAUUAUAUUCAAUUCACUGCUCAGCGGUGCCUUUGCGCGCGCCGCCGCGGCGGCGGCGGGCCGCGGCCCCGCAGAUGGCACCACCGCGGCGGCAGCGGCGGCUAAGGUUGCGCCUGCGGCGGUCUCUGGCGGCGGCGGCAGCAGCGGCGCAGUCAGUGGCGAUGAUCCUGCUUCGGGGCUGGCGGGUCAGGCGGCUGAGUUGGACCGUCGAUUAGCGGAGAUGGUGUUCGAUUUCUGCGAUGAUCACUUACAUUUUAAGAUGGUGAGCCUAGCCCACUGGGGCUAUGACGGUAACGCCUGCACCCGCACACCCGCACUGGCUCACCACCUGUGGCUGGUAGCAGAGGCCAUCCCUGCGGGUAUUGAGGGCCUGGUACUUAGCCUGCAGACCGGGGAAAGCUUUUUCCACUUAUCAAUCGACCCUUACUGA